CUUGGCUUGGAUCUGCACAGCCAUUAACAGGUGCCUGGAGCAUAUCUUUGCCUGACUGAGAGGUGGAAUAGGACUUGUGCACUAUAAGUAUGAGAAGCAUGUGAUCUUGCUGCAAUCAAAGCUGUAAUGAUCCCAUGUGGGGAAACAAUGGAUCUGGGGGAGAAUGGGGACCUUCUGGACCUAAGUUUUCUCACAGGAGAAGAACAACUAAUGAUAGUACAAGUACUAGAGCGAGACACAGAGCUAAAGGCAAAAGAAGAUCAGCGGAUAAAGAAGCUGCGGUCUACUCUUCCAGACAAGAAAGCAUUCAAACGUCUGUCAGGGGAAUGGUUCUGUGAUGUGAGGGCUACACGUCCUUGGGGACAGACAGGUGGUGUUGACAUAGUGAGGGCAUCAAUUAGAAGGAAAAAAAAGGUCAGAGGUGAAUGCGACAUAAACUGGGACCAAGAUGAGAAUGAAGAAAGGGAAGGACCAGAAGAAACAUGUGCACCUGUCAAAAUAUCAUCCAGUGAAUCCCUUCCAGAUCGCCUCUCCAGUGAUGCACAGGAUUGGAGCAGCUCAAAGGAAGAUGUGGGGGGAGACACAACAGAUGGAAAGAACAGUAUGGAAGAUAUAAAUUUAUCCCCAGUUAAUGGCACGAUUACAAGUGGAGAUACUAAUGGGGAAAUCCUAGAAGGAAAAGAGAACCUCAAUGACAGCCCACCAGUUCCACGCCUGACAAAUAAUUCUAUUUCUGGCAGUAUGAUAAGCCUGUUCAGCACAGGAGACAUGCGAUCAGUUGAUGUUCAAGGCUGUGUCCAAUUCUCACUUCAGUAUGAUCCCUCCAAGAAAGAGUUGAAUGUCUUAAUUAUUCAAUGCAGGGACUUAACACCCGCACAGAGAAAAACCUCCAAUCCCUAUAUAAAGUGUUAUUUGCUCCCUGAUAAAACUGUUCAGGGGAAGAGGAAAUCAAAGGUGAAGAAGAAGACUCUGGAACCUUUCUUUAAUGAGACCCUGAAGUACAAAGUGGAACGUUCAGAGCUGCAAAGCAGAGUCCUCAAUCUGUCUGUGUGGCACAGGGGGUCUCUGGGAAGAAACAUUUUUCUUGGUGAGGUAGAAGUGGAUCUUGUAUCCUGGGACUGGAGCAAAACCCAGCCAUCCUGGUUCAAUCUCCAGCCAAGGACCCCUCUAUCUCCAGACUUCCUUUGCAGUCGAGGUCGGAUUAGUGUUGCUUUGAAAUAUGUACCACAGGGGGCAGAAGGCCUAGGACUCCCUCCCACUGGGGAACUCCAUGUUUGGAUUAAGGAGGCACGGCAACUUGUACCUCACAAGGCUGGGAAUGUCAGCACUUUUGUAAAGUGCUUUGUGCUCCCUGAUUCCGUUCCAUCCAACUUCCAGAACACACGUGUGAUCCCACAUAGCUUGCACCCGAUGUUUAACCACACUAUGGUGUAUGAUGGCUUCAGUGGAGAGGACCUCAAAGAAGCCUGUGUGGAAUGCACCAUCUGGGACCAGGGGAAAAUAGGAAGUCGAUCCCUUGGGGGCAUUCGUCUCAGCACUGGAAAAGGAAGCAGCUAUGAAACAAGUGUCAGCUGGAUGGAUUCCACAGUGGAGGAGAAGGCAUUCUGGGAGUCGGUUAUAAAUAAUCCUGGGGAGUGGGUAGAGGCAGUGCUGCCACUGAGACAAAAUUUAACUUCACGUUGACAGACUGAUUAAUUCCAGUUAAAAAGGUGACCUACAAAAGAGACUACCCCUGGCAAUAAUACUAACACCCUAGGCUGAUGAACAUUUUUGAUUCCAUGCAGACAGUUCAUACUCAGGGCUCGCUGACAACUGCUGCAUAUAAUCCCAAGUGGAACCAAUCGUGGGCGAACGUGACCCCACACCCCAUCCCACCAUGCCAAUUUUAUUAAUUGGGAGGAAAGAUAGAAAUAUAGGAGAUCUAGUCUAAUUUUGUCCAGAAACACUGCCAACCCUAUCAUAAGAUAACCACUCAGCUGUUAAUACAGGGACAACACCUGAUGCCUCAGUAGAGACAGGAACUACCUACCUUCACUUUACACCAGCUGAGAGUGCUUGCAUGACCUUCACAAAGAAGAAUAUUUUUGAACGACUUGGAGACAGCAACUGAGUUCACAGAGUCAUCAACAGAAUUCUGAAGCCCCAUGAAAACAAAAAAAUGAUACUACAAGCAGUGGAGAGCAUGCAUACCCAUUAUAAAGGACAGAACACAGCAAAUUUGUAUGAAAGUAAAAUCUAGUAAAGAGUAUGCCAGUUUUAGAGGAGAAUAUGUACAGAAAAGUUGAAUGUUUUUUGGGCACAGUUGCAUAUUAGCUGGAAAAUAAUAAAUAAACAAGAAUAAAGUACUUUGGGGGUGAAUUAUAAAUAUAAUAUUUAGACAUUAGCUACUAUUACCAUUUGCAAUACUGUACACAAAGCCAAAUUACAGUAACACAAUCCCACAAGCAAUUAUCAGGAAAGCACAACAAACAUUUUAUUAAGAGGCUGAAUGGGUGCUCUCUUUUUAAACACACAUGAAUAGUCAACAACAUGUGGUACUUUGUUCAAGAUGGCUGCCAGGCAAUUAAAAGCUUAAAAGUUUUACUAUCAACACAUAAGAACACCCUUUUAUUAUAAUGCCAUUUCAUUAUGUAAACAAACUUUAAUAGUGAUGUGCUUUUUUCAUAUAGUGGCUGCACUAUGUAUAGUGUUGGGCAGAUUUCUUUUGUAGUCAAAGACAGGCAGUGCCAUAAGGCAAGAAAGCACUUCUCUUUUUUUGCCAGUCACUAGUACUGGGAAAUAGAUUCCUUCAAGAAAGUAUUCAAAGUGACAAAAUAAUUUUCAAAGUACACUAAAAACAGACAAAUCACCAGGGCAAUAUGUAAGUUUAGAGAAGUAAUCCUAGGCAUAUUUUUCUGAUUUGUAAAUAGAAAACAUGUGAUGAGGGAGAGGUAUAUAUAUAUAUAUCUGUAUACCUAUAUAUUUGUGAUUACAUAUAAAUUUAGUAGAUUGAUGCCUUUUUUUCAUCUCUUUCUCACAAAAUACACAUUAAUGUGGGUUAUCAGAAAUUCCUCGCGUGUUGGUUUUUACUGAGGUGUCUCCUCCCUGCAAAAGAAAAAAACUUGAUAAGAGUGGUAAUUAAAGCACUAGUAACAUCAAAAAUGAUUUUUAAGUUGCAUUUAUAUAUUUUGUAUUGCUAUGAUGAAAAACCUAAAGCUUAAAUCAAAUCCUC